UUUACCCUGGAUUGAAAGCUCUGCACAAGUUCUCUGUAUAGGGUGAAGAACUGUUUGACCGAACUUUAAAAAUAUUGUACUGCACUGAGACUAUUCAACGCUCUGUGAUUCGUCAUCUCUUCACAGGAACUUUCAGUGGAGAAUGAUGUUGCGGUAAUAUCCAUUUGAAGCGUCAUUGAUGAUAAAGAGGAACCCGGUGUACCUCCUCAUAACUUCCCUCUCGCCAAGUUCUGUCUUUUAUAAAGAUGUCAGGCCGCACUAUAGUCAGCUGGGGGAGGACAAGCCAUAUUUCCAAAGUGCCAAGAGAUCUUAAAAAGCCUACACCAGCUUCCCUAAAAGGAGCCAUCCAACUGGCCAUAGGUUAUGCCGUUGGAAACCUUAGUUCCAAACCUGACAGAGAUGUUCUCAUGCAGGAUUUCUCAGUGGUGGAGAGUGUCUUCUUGCCAAGUGUUGGCAGCAACAUGACCCCAGCGCAUCACUACCCUGACUUCCGUCUAAAAACAUAUGCACCUCUGGCAUUCCGCUACUUUCGGGAACUCUUUGGCAUCAAACCAGAUGACUAUCUAUACUCCAUCUGUAAUGAGCCUUUGAUCGAGCUGUCCAACCCUGGUGCCAGCAGUUCUUGGUUCUACCUUACCAGUGAUGAUGAGUUCAUAAUCAAGACUGUGCAACCGAAAGAAGCAGAGUUUCUGCAGAAGCUACUUCCUGGCUACUACAUGAACCUGAACCAGAACCCGAGAACCUUGCUUCCCAAGUUUUAUGGCCUUUACUGCAUCCAGUGUAGUGGCAUUACCAUCCGUGUAGUAGUGAUGAACAAUGUGCUGCCACGUGCCAUGAAGAUGCACUACAAGUACGACCUGAAAGGCUCCUCAUAUAAACGUCGUGCUUCACGCAAAGAACGUGCAAAGUCUUCGCCCACGUUCAAAGACUUAGAUUUCCAAGAGAUGCAUGAAGGGUUGUGCUUUGACGCUGAGACCCACAGUGCCUUGAUGAAGACUCUUCAGAGAGACUGCCGGGUUUUAGAGAGCUUCAAGAUCAUGGACUACAGCCUCCUACUAGGAAUCCAUGUUUUAGACCGCAAGACGUCAAACAGAGAAAGCAGACGCGACAGCAGGAAAGGACAGAAAGUUCUCUACUCCACUGCCCUCGAAUCCAUCCAAGGGACUGUGAAAGACCCAGAACCAGUGGCAGAUGAUGACACAUUGGGUGGAAUUCCAGCCAAGCAUAAAGACGAAAAUGUGCUCAUCUUUUUAGGGAUCAUCGAUAUCCUUCAGUCUUACAGGUUCAUCAAGAAAGUGGAACAUUCCUGGAAAUCACUUCUACAUGAUGGGGACACGGUGUCAGUUCACAGGCCCAAUUUCUAUGCAGACAGGUUUCUGAAAUUCAUGGGCUCUACUGUAUUCAAACGCAUCCUUCCUUUGAGAGGAACAUCUUCCAAAAGGAAAAAGAAUUUUUUUUAUGCAAAUAAGUCAGCCUCUCAGGAGUUACUUUCUCCUCAAAAGGAGGAAUGGGAGAAGAAAAAAGCACAAAGCGUGGACAACCUAGAUGUUUACAGUUCAUCCGAGGAACCAGGUCCUCUACCAAAAUCAACUGUUUCAAUCAAUUCUAAUGAUGAAGAGCACCUUGACAGCAGUGAACACAGACGAGCCUCGAGUUCAACAAUUGCAUUGGAUGAUCCUCUGCCACCCAUCAUCAGAAGCCAGUCAACAUCUGAGCUUGAUGCCUACUUGUGAGGCGACAAAGACGCUGGAUGCUCACGAAGAUUCCAUGCCUUUACGUAGAAGAAGACAUCCUUCACUGUCAACCUUAAAACCUCACAAUAGCAAUCUAUAUGUGUAAUGUGAACUAUACAGGCAUUUACUUGCACAAUGCCUUUCAUAUCUUUUAGAUCCAAUCAGAAGUUGCAUUCUAUGACUUUUACACCAAAUCAAAAAUGCAAAUGAACUACAGCUUUGUUUUGCUUCAGUACUAAUGCUGCAAAUUUGACAUUUACAUCUUAUGUAUAAAUGUUGAUAUUCUCUCAGUGGCUGGAUCCCUGGGCAAGUGUUUUUGCAAUAAUGAAUCAAUAAUGCAUCUAAUUUAUUUGACCACCUGAUCAAUGUUUUCGAAUUACUAUUAAUUACAUAAUACCCAAACAUGACAGUUUGUUGCAAUAUUGUUAUCCCUUGCUUUAAUUUGCUGUUGGCCAUGUGCCUUGUGUUUUAUAGUUAGAUGUUCAAAAUGAUUAAGAUGUGUAUAAAUGUGUCCAAGAAAUACUUAUGGUUGUCUUUCUAUAAAAUUAAAUAUUACUUGUUAUUAAUGUAAAUGUGUGGAUUAGAGAUUAGUGUCUCUGUAGAUACCGACCUCAAAGCAAAGUU